AUGGCGACCGAUUACAGCAAAUUGAAGGUGACUGAGCUCAAGGCGGAGCUGAAACGACUCGGGCUGCCUCAGAAUGGCCUCAAGGCUGAGCUGGUCGCCCGCUUGGAGGAGGCCACUCUAGAAGCCACUGAGGCGACUGACCAGGAGGCGGAUGCGCUACCUAUUGCCGAAAACGAUGAAGUCAAUGAACAAGUCCCCGAGGAGAAUGAAAACAUCAUGUCCGAGGCCGCCGAGCUACCUGCGCCGCUGUCCGACACAGACCCUGACCAAGCCGAACAAAAUGUGCAGCAAGCACCGUCUACCCAAGAUGCAGCUCAUCCCCGCCAGGAGCAGCAAGUUUCAAAUGAUGCCGAAGGUCAAUCCGAUGUGCCUCAAGAGGAUAUUCCAUCCCAAACAGCACAAGAUGAACAAGUUGCCAAGCCCAUUGGCGAGGAACCCCCGCAAGAGGUCCCAAUGACAGGCGUGCAGGACUCAUUCCAGGACAACAUGUCCUCGAAAGACACAGCGGCACCGGAGCCUGAGUCUGCAUUGAUCGCAGAAGCUGCGCAGCCUAUCGUGGUAACAGACUUUGCCACUUCAGAGCCUCAGCCGCAGGUCUCCAUCCUAGCUUCGUCUUCGAGUGCCACCCCAAUGCGACCAGCAGAUAUACUUCAAGACUCUCAGAAAAGGAAGCGACGUUCUGCCAGUCCGCCCCCGAGCCCCGACGGUACCAAUACAAAACGAGCACGACUGGAUAGCGAGCAGCCUAGGCUGGCCGCAGAGCAAUCUGAAACAGAAAACAAAGAAGUUGUGCAAACCGAGCCUGGCGUGCAGACAGACACGCAUAUGGAGGAUGCACAAUCAGGCGUCCCCGCAGACCAAGAGGACAACACACAGGAUGCCAAUGGACCAGAGCCCCCGGACGCCCACAAACACAUGGGUGGAGAUUCGGAAAGGGCAGGUUCUGCAAUGGUUGAUGAUGUCAAAGAAGUCUCGCAACUGGAGAAUAGCACAGCCAUGGGUGGCUCUCUUAUUGACUCCCGCCCGGCAGAGGAGCCUGAGCACGAUGUGGAACCCUCCAUUCACCCUGCCACGACUGCCUUGUACAUAAAGAAUUUUAUGAGACCUCUGCGUCCACAGGCUGUAAAGGACCAUCUUCUAGACCUUGCCACACCGAUGGGUGUCGAGAUUGAUGAUCAGACAAUCCCAGAGUUUUACCUGGACAACAUUCGGACUCAUUCUUUUGUGCUUUUUAAUUCCGUUGCUGCUGCCAAGCGCGUAAGAAACGCAUUGCACGACCGUGUCUGGCCAGACGAGACCAACCGCAAGCCUCUCUGGAUCGAUUACGUACCUGCAGAGCGCUACCACGAUUGGGUCCAGAUGGAGCUGUCCGCUGGUGGUGGUCGUGGCUCCGGUAAUAGAUACGAGGUUGUCUACGAGCAUGAUCGCGAUGGCAACGUUACUGCCAAUCUCGAGCAAAGCGAUGCAGCACCGCCGGCAUCCAAGCCUCCCCCUCCCGGAGAGCGGAAGCAGUCAAUUCCAACAGGUCCUUCCCGCGGCCUGACGGGCAUCGAAGGUGCACCAACUGGCCCCAGAGGUUUCCAAGGAGGUAGCCGACCACAAAGCUAUGGAUCAAGAAUGGAUAGAGGUGGCGGCGAAUACAAAUCAACAUCGACACGCCCUUCGGUAGCCUUUCAGCCUGUUCCCGAAGACCUCGCCCAGCGACGUCUUGACGCCAUCAGACAAGCCAAGUCGCGAGACUAUGAUCCUCGCACCGAUCGAAAUAAGGAAUACCGACGCUACUUCUUCGAGACUGGCCAUCAGCUCGUUGAUCGUGGCCCGGAGAUAUUCCUGGGCAUUCGACCGCCCCACCGUGAGCGCGAGCGUCGGCAAGAACAGGAGCGCGAUGAACGCCGUCGUGGAGGCCGAAACCGCAGAAAUGGAAGACGUGGAGGCAAUGGCGGUAUGCCCAUGCAUCACGGUGUACCUAAGGGUGGUGACCGUUAUCGUGGAGCAGCAGCAGAUCGCGAAGAGCGAGGCAGUCGAGGCCUAGAUCGCUAUCGAGGCGAAAGCUACCAUCGCCAUUAA